AUGGCAUCCUCUGGAGGCUCCCUCUUGACAUCUUCCUCGUCAUCUCGUCGCUCAGUUCUCUUGGGCGCAGGCUUUCUCGGAGGUAUAUUGGGUGGCGGCGAUUCGGUUCGGGCUGCAGGCAGCAAGGCGUACAAAAGCAAGGGCCCCACUGGUGAAGUGAUCAAAAUCGUCAAUGGCAUCAAGCACAGACGUCUCGGCGGUUCCGAUAUAAUCGUAUCCGAGUUGGGCUUGGGUACGCAACGCUGGGUUUCGGAUGACUUUAAUGCUCCCGAUCAAGACGCAUGUUUUGCGUUUAUGGAUCAGGCCAUUCUGAACGGGGGUGUCAAUCUCAUUGAUACUGCCGAGCAAUACCCCAUUCCAUCCGAUCCAGUAAGAUCGCCUGAAGGGGCUACUGAAGAGGUCAUCGGAAAGUGGAUGAAAGAUAGAAAGAUCUCCAGAGACAAGCUUGUCUUGGCAACCAAAAUAACAGGCGGGAGAAAUGUAACUCCAAAAAACAUUAAGAAGGAUUGUGAAGGAAGCCUGAAACGCCUUGGUACCGAUUACAUUGAUGUCUACCAGCUACAUUGGCCAGCCCGCUACUCGCCCCAAUCAAACUGGGGACAAUCACUUCAAUAUCGGCAAGAAAUCGAUGAGUCAUCCUACUGGAGAGGAUUUGGCGGUCCCACCUCAUUUGAAGACUUGUGUCUUGCGAUGGAGGGAUUGGUCCAGGAAGGAAAGAUUCGUGGAUGGGGAAUGUGCAAUGACAAUACCUACGGCUUGACUGCCUGCACUCGAACCGCCAAAAUGCUGGGGACAACGCCUCCCUGUAAUCUACAAGGAGACUUCUCCAUUAUCGACCGCAAGAGCGAAGAAAAUGGUGUAGCCGAAGCGGCGUCACCGUUCAAUGAAAACGUGGGGUUCAUGGCUUACAAUGCAUUGGCGGGAGGCGUCUUGACAGGUAAGUACAUGGACAUCCCGGCUGCUUUGGACGACCGAGAUCGAGACCGUGCUCGGAAAACGUUGCAGAAUCCCAGAGGCAGAAUGGAUGAGUUUGGUUGGGGACGUACACUGUACAGAUAUCGAACGGAUGCUGCAUUGUCAGCCGUGCAGGAGUACUCUGAUAUAGCCAAAAAGGCCAAGAUGUCAUUGACCGAGUUGAGCCUGAGAUGGUGCAGGCAACGAAGUCUGAUUACAACCACCCUAGUGGGACACACCAAUCAAAAACAGCUUCAAGAGAGUUUGAGGAUCUUCAAAAUCAAAGAACCUCUCGAUGACGACAUCAUGUGGAAAAUUGAUAGGAUUCACAUGCGAAAUCGACUUCCCCUCUUUUCCUCAAACAAAGUAGGGGUUGAUUGGAAUGGAGAAGGAGAAAUCGGUGAACCCAUUCCUUGA